AUGGUGGCAGAGAUGGUUAGGAGGCGGAGGCCAGGACCAGCUGUGGCAACAGGAGGCAGAGCUAUAGUUGAAAAGGGUGUUGGGAACCAAGUGCUGGAAAGAAAGAUAUCAACCAGGCAAAGCAGAGAGGAGCUAAUAAGAAGGGGAGUCCUGAAGGAAAUAACUGAACAAGGUGGAGAUGUAACUGUAAGCUAUGAGAUUUCAAAUGGACACACCAUAGUUAUUGGUGAAGAAGCCACACAGGAAGAAAACAUAAAGACUGCCGAAGACAAUAGUUCCCAGUCAACAGAGCCACCCACUCUUGAAGACAAGAAAGAGAACAAAAAAGAGAAACCUCUUCCUAAAGAUCCUGAAACAUCGUCACCCCGUGCUCCGCCACCACCUAAAUCUAAGCCUAAAGCUAAAAAAGCAACCAUACCUCCAAAAAAUGCUGCUGCUGCUACCACUAGCCAUAAGACUAAUGAAGUGCCACAUGCUAAAAAAAAGGGCAAGGCUUCUGCUAAGCAGGCCUCUGCCCCACCUCCCAAACCAACAAGCUGCAUUGUGAAUCGAGAAGCUGCUAGUUUGUCCCAUGGUAAAAAAGUGCAAGCUUCCAAGUCUUCUUCAUCUCCUUCAUCAACAUCAUCUCGCCCCAAGACCUCUAAGGAACUACCAUCGACCAAAACCGGCAAAGCGACUCCUAGGGAAAAGAAGAAGGCUGGGAAACAGGUGGCUUCACGAACAUCUGAAGAUGGGGACAUAUCUUCUACUUCAAAAUUAAAAACGGACAACUCAGAAACAAAAGUAGCAGCCCCUAAUCCGGAAGAGACUUCCUGCAUUGUUCUUGAAACUGAAGAUACAAACCAGCCUAGCACAAUUACUGUUCCUCCCCCUCCCCCUGCUGUUCCACCUCCUCUUCCUCCAUCCAUCCCAUCUCCAGGCUCUCAGCCCACUGGUUUCUCAGACACACAAGAUGUGCCUGUUAGCAAUGAACUAGGCCUGUCUGUUCCUGGCACAGAUUCCAAUGUUCAUCAUAUGAAAACUGAAGUAGACCGUGAAAGCUACUCAAGUCGUGCUGUUUUAGACAGUAGCCUCGAAACUGGGGGAGAAGACACAGAAUGUUCUAUUACCAAUGAAGACCAGGACAAAGAGAGCCCUGGCCCAGAAAGUCCUGAACUAACAGAUGAAUCUUCUGAAGCUUUGAACACUCCAGAAAGUGAAAAUAGCAAAGAGAAUCACACCAGUGACUCAGAUUCAGAUGGGCCGAUCCUUUACACUGAUGAUGACGAUGAAGAUGAAGAUGAUGCAAGCAGUGAAAGCUCUUUAGCAAGUAAAAUCCGUCGUAGGGAUACUCUUGCAAUCAAACUUGGCAACCGGCCAUCAAAAAAAGAACUGGAAGACAAAAAUAUCUUGCCGAGAACAUCUGAAGAGGAGAGGCAGGAAAUCAGACAUCAGAUCGGCACAAAGCUAGUGAGAAGGCUCAGCCAGAGGCCUACAUGUGAAGAAUUAGAACAAAGAAACAUUUUGAAGCAGAAGAAUGAGGAAGAAGAGCAAGAAGCUAAAAGAGAACUAAAGCGCAGUCUCAGCAGAAAGCUAAGUGUGAGACCAACAGUGGCUGAACUUCAAGCAAGGAGAAUCUUACGUUUUCAUGAGUAUGUGGAAGUGACAGAUUCUCCAGAUUAUGACCGUCGUGCUGAUAAGCCCUGGGCAAGGUUAACACCUGCAGACAAGGCAGCAAUACGGAAAGAAUUAAAUGAAUUUAAAAGCACAGAAAUGGAAGUACAUGAAGAGAGCCGACAGUUUACAAGGUUUCACCGUCCAUAAUUGUUUGAAAAUAAUCUGGAGUCUAGAUGUGAAAAAUCUUUCCUGGGGAAAGCAAAGCUUCCAGAAGAACUGAGAGUGCACAGGACCUGGAAUGUCUGCCUGAAAUCACUGAAGAACAUGGCCCUCAUGUUUAACGUGAUGACUUGGAAGUAAUACUGGGGGAAAAUAUGCGUCUGGCAACAAUAAUAAAAGUGGCCAAGCAAUCCUGUUAUUCCAAGCCACUCCUUACAAAUCUCUUCUUAGCAGUUUGUCGGGGGGGAAAGCAGCAGAUGAUUGUUGCCAGAAAGUACCAAUCAUUUCUUCAUGGAAUUCUUCAUGGAAGCAAUUUCAUGCUACAUUUAGAUUUUGGAACUUUUUGACUUGAAAAUGCAAAUUCAUGAAUAUGAACUAUUGUAUUGGUCUCUGUUCCAGAAUCCUUAGCUUGGCACAUCCAGGUGGAAAGCCACUGAAGACGGGGUUUUUCAUCAACAGAAUGUACAGAAAUUGAAUUUUGCACAGAAUCUGUGAACUUGCCACUACUUAGUCGAAGAAUAAUUCGUAGGUGUAGUUACAAUGUACAAUUAUCCUACUUUUCAAAAGUACAUUGAAUUUUCAGUCUUGCUCACAGGUAGGCUUACGUAAGUGCCAGAGGUAUGUCAGUAGAACUUUCAAACAGGUAAUUGUGCUGGAUUGCAAAACAGAUAUAUGUAUUUUAUAUACAAACUUAUUUUAAAGGAAAACCUCAGGUCCCCCUCCCAUAAUCAUGUAUCAGUUUGGGUACUUUGUGUAGGAAAGACAAUAAGAAAAUGGUAGAAUUUUGCUUUUGUAGUCAUUACCAACAUGAUAACUUCUAAUCUUGCUUAGGCAGAUAGUAUUGACAAAUUCUGAAGCCAAAAUAAUGAAUGAAAGUAAUGAAACGGACUAUCAAAUAGUUCUGGACUGCUAGUAAUAGUGUAGUUUAGACAUAAAGCCAUGGCUUACCAGGGUUAGUCUGUGAAACCAGGACAAUCACUGGUUUGCCUUGACAAGAGCUGGUUUCAUUUCCUUCUCUAAAGCCUGAAAGGCAUUACUGAAGAACAAGCCAAAACAUUAAACUAGACACAUUUGUAAAUGACUCAAAACCAUAGUUAAGAAAUGUGGUCCUUGUUUGACAAACUCUAACAAAUCAUAGUUAUUGGAGUGGUCUAUCUUACCAUAGUUUACAUAAACCCAUGGUUCUAUGUGAUAUCUCAACUGAGACUAUAUGCUGAGGCUGGGGUGGGGAGCUCAAGCUUCUUCAGACUGGACCUGAUGUAAUUUACCUCAGAGGUCCUAUCAGACCACCAAGGUUGUACAGCCCCAUGCUGCUGCCAUGUACCUAUACAGUAGUACCUGGUUGUUCCAGAGCAGAAAAGGAGAGGGACAUUUUUUCAGGACAACAGCACUGGCAUUCUACCUAGAAUGAUGCUGUAUGCCUCAUAUUGCCUACCCCUUAAGACUAACUGAAGAGAGAAAAUAUCAUGAGCAAAAUCCUUCCCUGUAUGAGAAUUGUGCCUGCACAUGGAAAAUCAACCUGUUCUUCCUCAUGCCCCCAACUUGGUGUAUAUUUACAAGCAUUACACAAAGCAGCCUGUAACGUGAGACGUGGGGGAGCCUGUCAUCUGUCCCACGCUCCUCUGCUCAGUCAAGUUGAGGAAAAACCUAGAAAGGUAUAUGGGAGGAAGAUAGAUAUCACUCAUUCCAGUAAGGUCUGGCACACGAAGUGUCCUUGUGCAUGUAUGUUGAGAAGGUGGAGGCAGUAGCAAGGGAGCGCCUUCAUCCUCUAUGCCUGAUUUCUCUAUCUCUCCCCACCCUCACCCCUUCUGGGCAGCAGGACUAGAAGGACCAUUGGUCUGACACAGCAGGCUCUUCUUAUGUUAUUAAUGAAAUAUUGUGACCACACAGGAUGGGUGGGAGUAUGUUUUGUGUUACCAAUAAAAUUCUCAAUGGCAUUGUGAUGACUCCAAAAAGUUUUUGGAAUCUAUAGCCCGUAUCUGUUGUGUGAAUAAUAUGAAGCAAAUUGUCUACUUUUAUACUAUCUUAUAAUUGUAUUUGUGAAUGCAUUAAUAGCUAAGUUUAAUAUGAGGUGAUGUGAAAGACAAUAUGUACUUUUAUUACAGUGGCCCUAAUUAUGGUGGCUUGUUAUAAGCCUAUUACAUUGUUUACACUAAAAAAUUGGCUUAUAUUAGCACUUAUUUAUCAUUUUAAUGUACACAGUGAAAUUCUGGGCCUGAAAUACUCAAGGGCAUAUACUGCAGUAUUACAAUAUAUAUGUGCUAUUUAUCCUUUUUAAUGUAUGUAUAUACUACAGUUUAUUUUUGUUCAUGUGCCCUUUUUAGUUCUUAAUUACAAAGUAUACAUAUUUUUUUCAGGCAAUAAAUGGUCUCUAUGGUAA